AUGCCACAACUGCUGUUCCUGGAGCCGCAGCAGUCCGAACACGAAGCGAAAGCUCCGGAGAAUCCAGCCGCUGCAGGCCUCUUGCACAAAUCCAUGACAGCAGCCAACUGGUGGCGACUGCUGCCAUUAGAGCCUGCAAAGUUUACGCGCGUGGUGGUCUUCGACACAGAAACAUCAGGCUUCAGCAACGACGACGAGAUCUUGGAGAUUGGUGCCAUUGAGCUGGAGGUGCAACCACCAAGUCUCCAAAGUCCACAGCCCAACAUACUGUCCUCCGUCCAAUUAUUCAACUUUGAGCUCUACCGGAGUGUCAUUCCACAGUCUUUUGAGACCAACGCGGAGAAUCAACUCCAAAGCGUCUGA